AUGAACGGGACAGAAGGCCAAGACUUCUACGUGCCCAUGUCCAACAAGACCGGCGUGGUGCGGAGCCCCUUUGAGUACCCCCAGUAUUACCUGGCUGAGCCUUGGAAGUUCUCGGCGCUGGCUGCCUACAUGUUCAUGCUGAUUCUCCUCGGCUUCCCCAUCAACUUCCUCACGCUGUACGUCACCAUCCAGCACAAGAAGCUCCGCACACCUCUGAACUACAUCCUCCUGAACCUGGCCGUCGCCGACCUCUUCAUGGUCUUCGGGGGCUUCACAACCACUAUGUACACCUCCAUGAACGGGUACUUUGUCUUUGGAGUAACAGGGUGCUACAUCGAAGGCUUCUUUGCCACACUGGGUGGUGAAAUUGCUCUCUGGUCACUGGUGGUCCUGGCUAUCGAAAGAUACGUAGUGGUCUGCAAGCCCAUGAGCAACUUCCGCUUCGGAGAGAACCAUGCCAUCAUGGGUGUUGCCUUCUCCUGGAUCAUGGCCUUGGCAUGUGCAGCUCCCCCACUUUUCGGCUGGUCCAGGUACAUCCCCGAGGGCAUGCAGUGCUCAUGCGGGAUCGACUAUUACACUCUGAAGCCAGAGGUCAACAAUGAAUCUUUUGUCAUCUACAUGUUUGUGGUUCACUUCAUGAUCCCACUGGCGAUCAUUUUCUUCUGCUAUGGGAACCUGGUCUGCACGGUUAAGGAGGCUGCCGCCCAGCAGCAGGAGUCUGCCACCACCCAGAAGGCAGAGAAAGAAGUGACUCGCAUGGUCAUCAUCAUGGUCAUCUCCUUCCUGAUCUGCUGGGUCCCCUACGCCAGCGUCGCCUUCUACAUCUUCACCAACCAGGGAUCAGACUUCGGGCCCAUCUUCAUGACCAUCCCGGCAUUCUUUGCCAAGAGCUCGGCCAUCUACAACCCUGUGAUCUACAUCGUAAUGAACAAACAGUUCCGUAACUGCAUGAUCACAACCCUCUGCUGUGGCAAGAACCCUCUGGGUGACGAGGACACAUCUGCUGGCAAGACAGAGACCUCCUCCGUCUCCACCAGCCAGGUCUCUCCUGCAUAG